AUGCUUAUUUUAAUGUUGACCUCACAAUUUUCUAAAAAAAUUAAUCUCUCCCUUUUUCUCCAUAGGAUCCAAGACAAUCAGAGUGCUGUGGCCACAUUCAUUCUCAUGGGUUUCUCAGAAUAUCCAGAACUCCAGGUUCCCUUGUUCUUGUUAUUCUUCACCAUCUACACAGUCACUGUGCUGGGGAACCUGGGUAUGAUCUUGCUUAUCAAGAUCAAUCCCAAGCUCCACACGCCAAUGUAUUACUUCCUUAGCCAUUUAUCCUUUGCUGAUUUCUGUUACUCUACAGCUGUUACACCCAAACUAUUAGAAAACUUGGUUGUGGAAGACAAAACCAUUGCCUUCACAGCAUAUAUUACACAAUUCUUCUUUUUCUGUACCUUUGUGGUGACAGAAAUGUACUUGCUGGCUGUGAUGGCUUAUGAUAGGUUUGUGGCAGUUUGUAACCCCCUACUGUACAUUACUGUAAUGUCCCAGAAGCUCUGUGCCACUUUGGUGGGUAUAUCAUACUCCUGGGCUAUUGUUGUGACUCUGAUUCUUACCUAUUUUCUGCAGGGAUUGUCUUACAAAGGAAAAAAUACCAUAAAUAACUUUCUUUGUGAAUUUAAUGCCAUUGUCUCUGUCUCCCAUUCUGACCUCUACAUUAUCCAACAGAUCACGUUAGUGUUAGGUAUGUUUAAUGAGUUAAGCACUCUGCUGAUCAUUCUGACUUCCUAUGCCUUGAUUUUCAUUACCAUCAUGAAGAUGCCUGCUAAAGGGGGCAGGCAGAAAGCCUUCUCCACUUGUACUUCCCAUCUGACUGUCAUUAGCAUCUUCCAUGGAACCAUCUUCUUUCUCUACUAUGUUCCAAACACCAAAAAUUCAGGGCUUAUGCUCAAGGUGGGCUCUGUGUUUUACACAAUGGUCAUCCCCAUGCUGAAUCCACUGAUUUACAGCCUCAGGAACAAAGAUGUGAAAGAAACAGUUAGGAAAUUGUUUUCUACUAAAUUAAACUGUGGUAAACUGUAA